CUUGCACUACUCUACACCAGCCUCUGCUGAUAUCGUCUCCACACACCGUCUCACGUCUCUCUACCCUUGACAUGGCGUUCAGAUCUCAGGGUAGCUCUGGCAGGUCUCUCUCCGUAGCCAGCAGCCGUUCGCUGGCUCCCGUCAACUUCUCCAGCUUUGGAAGUCAGUCGGUGAUGGCUGGAGGUCUGCAGAGUGGCGGUGGCUUGGGCUUCGGAUCUGGAGCCGGUUUGGGCUUUGGGUCCGGUGCUGGAUUGGGCUUUGGGUCCGGCGCUGGAUUGGGCUUCGGAUCCGGUUUUGUGUCUGGUUACGGUGCAGGUGGAGGUUCUCUCUCGGCUAAUUUGGGGAUGGUUGGAGGCUCUCUCUCGAGUGCAGGAGGUGGAGGCUCCUUCGGGGCAAGUUUCAGAGCGGGCGCAGGGUCUUUCGCAGAAGCCAUGGCCAACUUUGUCAACGAGAAACAGCAGAUGCAGGUUUUAAACGACCGUCUUGCAACCUACCUGGAGAAGGUGAAGCGCCUGGAGACCAUGAACCAUGAGCUCAACGAGAAGCUCCGUUCCUUCACCAUCAGCAGAGUCCAGAGCAGCUUCAACCUGGAGCCCUACGAGAUCCAGAUAAAGCCACUGCGCGAGAAGCUUCUGCUUCUCAUGCAGGACCACACACGCAUCGCUUUAGCCGUAGACAACGCAAAACUGGCUGCUGAUGAUUUCAGAACAAAGUUUGAGGCGGAGCUGGCCAUGCGUCAGUCUGUGGAGGGCGACAUCGCUGGUCUGAAGACCCUGAAGACGGAGUACAACUCCACCAACGCUGUCUUACUUCAGGAGGUCAAGGGCCUGGAGAAGGAGUGCACCGCUCUCAAAGAUGCGCACCAGCAGGACAUGAUAGCCCUGCGCGGGCAGAUGAUGGGCACCGUCACGGUGGAUGUGAAGGAGAUCGAGAGCACGGAUCUGUCUCGAGUGCUGGCCGAGAUCCGCUCCGAGUACGAGAUGGUCAUCGAGAAGAACCGCCGGGAGGCUGAGAACUGGUACACCAAACAGCUGGAGAAGAAGCAGGUGGAGGUGGAGCUGUUCACAGAGACCACCGUCAGCGGCAGCUCCGAAAUCACCGAAAACCACAAACAGAGCAUGAGUCUGCGGACGCAUCUGGACGCCGCGCUGAUGGAGAAGGCGAAUCUGGAGCAGCGUCUGGUGGCAGUCCAGGCUCAGUAUCAGACUCAGUUCUUCUCUCUGGCUCAGCUGGCCGGCAGUCUGGAGGGCGAGCUCACCUCUGUGCGCGAGAGUGCGAUGCAGCAGAGCCGUGAAUACCAGCUGCUGCUCAGCACCAAGGUCCAGCUGGAGCGCGAGAUCAGCACGUAUAAAGCUCUGCUGGAGGGUGCUGGAGAGUUCACUAAAAUCGUCACACUCAAGACCCCGUCCAUGAAGGUGGAGGUCGCGAGCGAUUUGCUUUCAUCAGCCGCUGACAGUGCAGGAGGCGGAGUCGAAGUCCCCGCCCUCUCUGAAGCGCAGUCAGAUGGUUCCGGCGUGAGUGACCCGGCGGUGGGCGGAGCAGCAGCGUAUGCUCUGAUGGCAUUGGAGGGGGUAGCAGCGGAUGCAUUGGUGCCAUCAAGCAGUCCAGCAGCUGAGACAUAAUGUCCACUGGAGGGAUGAGCGGGUCUUCAUGGUGGUGCUGAUGUCAUCAAAGCUCAACCAAUCGAAUGCUGAUUUCACUUUACAGUGUCAUGUGACUAGCAUCAAUAAACUCAAACCUUGAACCAA